AGAUACCGAAGCAUUGCUAAGACAACUAUCUACCAUGGAGCCUCGUCGCCGUGUGGUUUCUAUUGUGGGCAUGGGAGGUCUCGGCAAAACUACUCUUGCCAAAAAAUUGUACAAUCAUAGUGAUCUCAAGAAACAAUUUGAUUGUAGAGCGUUUGUUUAUGUAUCUAAAGAUUACCGUAAAAGAGACACUCUGCAAGGGAUAAUUGUAGCUGUAAGUCCCGAUAGCAAAAUGGAGGAUUUGAAGAAACUAGAAAAGGAGGAGUUGGAAUUGACGUUGCAUCAAUUGUUGAAGGAGAGGAGGUAUCUAGUGGUUCUUGAUGAUAUCUGGGAAAAGGAGGUUUGGGAUGAUAGCCUGAAAUCUGUAUUUCCAAGGGGAAAGAUGGGAAGUAAGGUGAUGUUCACCACCCGAAAAAAGGAUGUUGUUUUAUAUGCAGAUGCAAGCAAACCCAUUGAGCCGCAAUUUCUAACACAAGAUGAAAGCUUGGAACUGUUCCGCAAGAAAGCAUUCCCUGGAAUGGACCACAUGCCUUGUGAUUUGGAGAAGCUCAGUAGAGAGAUGAUGGUGAAAUGUGGUGGUCUUCCACUAGCAGUGGUGGUGCUUGGAGGAUUAAUGUCCACGAAAAGGAAGACCGCAGAGGAAUGGAGACGUGUGCUUGAAAACAUCGACUGGCACCUGAUUCAUGCUCAAGAUCGUGUUUCUGCAGUUUUAGCUCUAAGCUACAAUGAUUUGCCUUUCCACUUAAAAUCAUGUUUUCUCUAUUUGGGUCUUUUCCCUGAGGAUUCAUCUAUAUCGAAAAAAAAGUUGAUACACUUGUGGGUUGCAGAAGAAUUCUUACCACAACAAGGAGAAGAAGCUGCGGAAGGUGUUGCCGAAAAUUGCUUAAACGAGUUGGUUAAUAGGUGCAUGAUCCAGGUAGGAACACUAACCUCACUUGGAAGUCUUAAAGUUGUUCGUGUGCAUGAUGUUCUCAGAGACUUCUCUAUCUCUAAGAGCAGAGAGGAAAGUUUUCUUGAAAUUUAUAGUAGGCAGAAAAUUGAAUCGCCAACAUCACAACGGACUAAAUGUCGAAGGCUUGCAAUCCAUGGUGACCAUCAUGAUCUGUAUGUUUUUCUAAAGCCGUAUGCCCCCUACUUACGCUCCCUUCUAUUUUUCAACACAAGGUGGAGUUCAGAACUCAACUUUGUUUUCAAGGAUUUCAAGUUGCUCAGGGUCCUAGAUGGUGUUCCCUUUCCAUCUCGAGCACUAAGUGCUGUAGGAAACCUAAUUCAACUGAGAUAUCUAGGAGUCGUAUUAAUGACAAGUGAUCUGUUGGAAGACAAGCUUCCUCGAUCAAUUGGAAAGUGA